UUUGUGGAGGACAAGCGGCGGAGAAACUUAUGCCAUACACACACCCCAGCGUGUAUCUGUGUGUAAAGCGCGACCUUUUAAUCCCCACAAGGGCCACAACCUCUUACCUUAAUAGUAUCUCUUAAAGGUCUACAAUCUACCUACUCAUUUCUACGCGAACCCUUCAGAGAUCAAGGAAAGAGAACUGUUGAAAUAUGGCAGCAACAUCAACAACCAACUUUUCAAUUGGAUCUGCUGUAUCUGCCGGCUCCAAACUAGGCCCAGUUUCACAGUCAAAGGCCUUUGGUAUCAGAUUCCAUUCUACAAAUUACUUAUGGAGAUCCAAUGGCCUCAAGACUGCUGACUCUGUGAGCUGUCAAUCGAAAUCAUCAUUCUUAGGCAGUGAAAGCAGUGCAGCUCUCAGGCGCUGUUACAUUGGUAAAGCCCGAAAAGAUAACAUGAGAACUUAUAGUCAUGGUCAGCCUCAGGCGUCUUAUAAAGUAGCUGUCCUUGGAGCUGCUGGUGGUAUAGGCCAGCCGCUGGCACUUCUAAUCAAAAUGUCACCAUUGGUUUCUGCUCUGCACCUUUAUGAUAUAGCAAAUGUGAAGGGAGUUGCAGCGGACCUUAGUCACUGCAACACCCCCUCGCAGGUAUUGGAUUUCACUGGAGCAUCUGAAUUGGCUGCUUGUUUAAAGGGUGUAAAUGUUGUUGUCAUACCUGCCGGUGUUCCAAGGAAGCCAGGAAUGACCCGUGAUGACCUAUUUAACAUUAACGCUAACAUAGUGAAGACCUUAGUUGAGGCUGUUGCCGAUAACUGCCCUGAUGCCUUCAUCCACAUCAUUAGCAAUCCUGUUAACUCCACCGUUCCAAUUGCUGCGGAAGUCUUGAAGCAAAAGGGGGUAUAUGAUCCAAAGAAACUCUUUGGAGUUACCACCCUUGAUGUUGUAAGGGCAAAUACAUUUGUCUCUCAGAGGAAAAACCUAAAGCUCAUUGAUGUUGAUGUCCCAGUCAUUGGAGGUCAUGCUGGGAUUACUAUUUUGCCCUUGCUGUCGAAGACAAAACCAUCGGUUACUUUCACUGAUGAAGAAGUUCAUGAGCUAACUGUCAGGAUUCAAAAUGCUGGGACAGAAGUUGAUGAGGCAAAGGCUGGUGCAGGAUCCGCCACUCUUUCUAUGGCAUAUGCUGCAGCACGAUUUGUUGAGUCCUCACUCCGUGCACUUGAUGGGGAUAGUGAUGUUUAUGAGUGCACCUUUGUCCAGUCUGACUUGACUGAGCUCCCAUUCUUUGCUUCAAGGGUUAAGCUUGGACGGAAUGGGUUUGAGGCAUUAAUUUCAUCGGACCUCCAAGGUUUAACUGAGUUUGAACAGAAGGCUUUAGAAGCACUCAAGCCUGAGCUGAAGGCCAGCAUUGAGAAAGGUAUCGCUUUCAUUCAGAAGCAACCUGUGACAGCUUAAGAAUUUUACUACUGUUUCGACCAUUGAGAAGAAAUAAGGUGUUUCAGCUUUUUUUCGGGAUUUGCUGAUGCAAUCCAGUUUUGUAGACGACAUGGAGAAAUGUGUUCCGUCCCUGCACUGAACUCCCUCUUAUUGCUUAUUGAAGUGAUUUUCAUCAGAGAAAUGAGUAACUUGUGUCAUGGAAUUUUGUUGUUGUGAGAGUUAUGUACUGCAUAAUAACAUUGCUUGGUAUGAUCUUUAUGCAUUAUCGAUCAAUAUACCACGACGAGUAAUUACAAUUA